GAAGCAUCCACCUCCGCCUAUCGACGAUUCCUAUUCUAGAGGGGAAUAUCACAUCCUCGUCGCCCUCAGCUCCCACACCACCCACCCACCCACCCCCGCACUUUCUCCCCAUAGAGGCACGCCUCGCCGCACCGCCGAUUGCUGUCCGCUACGGGACCGCGGAUCUCUGUGCUGGAUCGAUCCAUCCAUCCAUUCAUCCAUAUAAACAACCGCAACCGUCUCUGGGUCUCUCGCGCCGCAUAGAUAAUAAUCAUAGCUCAUAACACACUCUGCAAGAAUGGACGACCAGGUGGAAAGGCUGGUCGAUAAGAUCUGGAACAAAUUCCAAUCCCAACCCCCCUCCACCCGCCUCCUCGUCGCCAUCAGCGGGAUCCCCGGCUCCGGCAAAACCGGCCUCGCAACAACGAUGUCCAACCGAAUCAACCACCUGCACACCACCCAACACCCGCAAUCACCACAAAUCGCGACCUUCGUCCCCAUGGACGGCUACCACCUGACCCGCGCGCAGCUCUCGCGGAUGCCCGACCCGGCGUACGCGGUCGCCCGCCGCGGCGCGGCCUUCACGUUCGACGGCGAGAAGUUCCUGAAGCUGGUGCAGGCGCUGCGGGAGCCGGUGACGGCGGAGACGCAGAGCCUGUUCGCGCCGAGCUUCGACCACGCGGUCAAGGAUCCGGUGGACGACGAUAUCUCGAUCCCGGCGUCGUGUCGCGUCGUGUUUUUCGAGGGGAAUUAUCUGAGUUUGGAUCGCGAGCCGUGGAGGGCCGCCGCCGGGUUGAUGGAUGAGUUGUGGUUUGUGGAGGUCGAUUUCGAGGUCGCGAGGAAGAGGUUGGUUAGGAGGCAUGUUAGGGCUGGUAUUGCGAGGGAUGAGGAGGAGGCGGAGAAGAGGGUCGCUGAGAAUGAUCUGGUUAAUGGGAAGGAGAUCGUCGAGUGUAGGUUGGGGUUGCAGGAGGUGGUGGUUAGUCGGUUUGAUCCGGCUUGGGAUGCGUAGGGGGUUGGUGGUGGUGGUGGUGGUGUUGGUGUGAAUGGGGAUAGGGAUGGGGCUUACGGGGAGUGGGUUUGGUGAAGCGUUGCAGACUAUAGAUGUCGUCAAGAUUUGAUGUUACCUAGAUUUAUGAUUACCCUGGCCGAUGGACGGCCGAUGAUGAAGACGCUAGCAUAUGGUUGCGGAGGAUGGUUGAAUGGACUCGGGCUACUGCAGGAGAAAUAAGAAUAGGUGUGGUAUACAGUAACUGCUAAGGUUGGCAAUGUAGACCACAGGGGAGACAUAGACGGGAUGUUCUUUUGCCGCAGCGGUCUCCCUGAGUCGAAAGUAAUGAGAAUCUG